CUUCUUCAUUGGGUAGGUAGUACGUCCGUGCGCAUACCGUACUCUACGUCAUUCGAUUCUGACAUUCACUUGCCCAGUUGCCUUGCCUUGUUGCUAGAUUGGCUGUGCUGUCUUGUUGUUUGUUUCAAGAAAAUGAUAUAUUCAAUAAUUUUAAGAUUAGAUUGACGCAACAGCGUACCAUAUUUUAAUAAGAUUAGUGACAUAAAAUGCAGUGAUAGUUAAUGUCAAAAUCAUUAAUAUUUUUAUUUCAAAGUGGAACGAACAUGAUAAUGCCUCUAGAGUAUUUUACUAGAUCACUAUAAAUGGGUCUCGAGAACAAGUGGUUUACAUAUUUUGCCUUUGUCAAUUUGGCUUUAUACUCGAAGAUACAAUAUGGGUUUACUAAUAUCCAAAAUUUGGAGCCUGUUUGGCAAUGAAGAACAUAAGCUUGUCCUGGUCGGGCUGGACAAUGCGGGGAAGACAACAAUUCUAUACCAGCUACUCCUGGGCGAAGCGGUGCACACACGACCCACCAUCGGAUCAAACGUGGAGGAGGUUGUCUGGAAGAACUUACGCUUUGUAAUGUGGGACCUUGGUGGACAACAGAGCUUGCGGUCCGCGUGGAACACUUAUUAUACAAAUAGUGAGUUCGUGAUAAUGGUGAUUGAUUCGACGGAUAGACAGCGGCUGUCUAUCAGUAGAGAGGAGCUGCACCGCAUGCUGACUCACGAGGAACUCAGCCGGGCGUGUUUACUGGUCUUCGCCAACAAACAGGACGUGAAAGGUUCAAUGACGGCGGCCGAGAUUUCGGAGCAGCUUGACCUGACCUCGAUAAAGCAGCACCCGUGGCACAUACAGGCGUGUUGCGCACUGACCGGCGAAGGUUUGCACUUGGGUCUGGAGUGGAUCGCGAGUCGGAUAAAGAAGAAAUGACGAAGCGUCCCCGACUGCCAAACUAGGUCAGGUCUCCUUGUUACAUUAUGUCUACAAUGAAUAUAUUUUAAUAAAUAAAUAAUUUAAAUCUAAUGUUUAAACGCAAUUAAAAUUCAGACUAAUAAUUUUUCUAUAUAUUCUAAAAUGUACACAAGAGUUUACGAUGUUCAGAUUGAUGGGAUAUAAAUAAAACAUGUUCAUAUA